UGUCCCUGACGACAGAGCGUCAGUGAGGAAGAACAUCUGGUGGCGCCUCCUCUUCAUCCUCCUCAUCCUCCUCUUCAUCCUCCUCUCCCGGGUCACCUCCGCUUCUCCUCGGCCGGACGAAGCAGCAGCAGCAGCCGCCCCGUGCACCUCCUCUCCCCGGUGUGCCUCCGGUUCCUCCCCGCCUCACAGACUCGUCCACAGCCGGACAUCGGGCCCCUUCCGCGGGACAAAUGACCAUGAACGACACGGAGCUCCGCCUGGUGGAGUUCGGCUUCGAGCGGAGCUUCGAUGAACGUCGAGCUCUGGAGUGGAUGCAGGAAAACUGGAGCAAGUCCUUCAUGUUCUGCGGCCUGUACGCUGCGCUGGUGUUCGCUGGCCAGCACUUCAUGAGGGAAAGGCCGAAGCUGAACCUGCGGCGCCCCCUGGUGCUGUGGUCGCUCAGCCUGGCCGUGUUCAGCAUCAUCGGAGCCAUCAGGACCGGACUCUACAUGACGCACAUCCUCACGACCAGCGGCUUCAGACAGUCCGUGUGUGACAUCAGCUUCUACAGCGCCCCCGUCUCCAAGUUCUGGGCCUACGCCUUCGUCCUGAGCAAAGCCCCCGAGCUGGGCGACACCAUGUUCAUCAUCCUGAGGAAGCAGCGCCUCAUCUUCCUGCACUGGUACCACCACAUCACCGUGCUGAUCUACUCCUGGUACUCCUACAAGGACCAGGUGGCCGGCGGCGGCUGGUUCAUGACCAUGAACUACGUGGUCCACGCCUUCAUGUACACUUACUACGCGGCGCGGGCCGGCGGCCUGCGGGUUCCCCGUCCCUUCGCCAUGAUCAUCACGGCCACCCAGAUCCUGCAGAUGGUGAUGGGGCUGACGGUGCUGGGCCUGGUUUACUACUGGAUGCACGAGGUGCGCUGUCCGUCCAACAUGGACAACGUCACAUGGGGCUCCAUGAUGUACCUGAGCUACUUGAUCCUGUUCGCCAUGUUCUUCUACAACUCCUACCUCAGAGGCGCCUCCAGCGGCAAAGGCUCCAAGGCCGAGUAGAGAUCCUGAGCGCCUGUCAACGUGUGCCAACCGCAGAGAUGACCGACAGGGAGGAGCCAUGAAUGUGUGAGUCACAGCUGGUGAACAGGCUCCUCCUCUUCUUACGUCAUCAUCAACUGACUUUUAAUACUCGUCUGUUGCUCUAAACACUGACACAUCAUCCACUGACACAGCAGGAGCGAGGAGGCUGGUUCUGCCUCGGCACGGUUUGAUAUGAUCUGGUGAUUAGUCGAUGUUUCACAGUGAUUAUAGAAACAUGAGAGUCCAUGUCUCACUUCAUCUAAACCUAUGAAAGACAAGUUUUUGUCUGAGGUGAUGAACAAAUGUUUUUAUGUUGUAAUGAAAAGGUGAAAAAGAUCUGAACUAGAACAAACUGUUGUAAAAUGUUGAGGAUUCGUUCCAGAUUUUGUGAAAUACACUCGUUCACACUCUUUCUCAGCCUGGAGGGGGUUAGCUUAGCUUAGCAUAAAGACUGUAAGCAGGGGGAAACUGCUAGCCUGAAAAAAAACAAAGAACAUUUAAAUUGAAUGCUUAAAACAACAAUUAUUCAUUUUAUUCUCUCACGUUACAGAACUGACUCGUGACAUUUGAAUCUGUUCACCAACUGGAUCACAGGCGUAGAAUUUCAAGAAAUUACAGAUUGUGCAUAAAAGCCCAGAUGAAGAUUAUUGAUCAGUGCGUCUCUGAGAUGUUGAGAGUUCUCUUCAUCACUUUACAGACAGCUUCCCCCCCGAUUACAGUCUUUGAAUUAAGCUCCAGUGACUUCAACCGUCUCCUCGACGCUGGGAAAGAACAACGAACCAGUUUAUUUCCCCAAAAUUUGGAACUACCACGUCUUUUAGCUUUUAGCACGACUGUAACCUGCAGGAUAGAAACUCUAUGAAAAGGGAAUAAGACUUCAUAUGUACUGAAUGUCAGAGGGGGGGUCAGCACACACGCACACACACACACACACACACACACAAACAAACGAGCAGGAGGAUCAUUCCUUAUUUCAGAAUCGAACUUCUAGGACCUGGGGUUUGAAACGCGCCCGACGUGUCCUGCUGUCACAUCGUGUGUUUACAUUCUUCUGCACGUUCUGCCUCCUCUUCCUCACUUGAGACAUUCACACUGAACAAUGAGUUUAUUAAUGAGGAGUUUGAAUAGGUGGACCAGCCAUAAAUACAGAAUAUAUUCCAGGAACUGGAUGUAAAGGUCUCUGUGAACAAAGGAACUCUCUUUAUCAGAGGUUUGAUUCCGUGUGUGAAGGCACCUGAGGACCACUCCCACAGUUAUAAGUAGAUUUACAUACAACCUUUAUGGCUCCACCCCACACCUCCGUGCUUUUCAGAAGACGGGUGGAUGAAAAGAAGGAGAAUCUACUGAGGGCAUUGAAGAGAAGUCUUAUUUAUACAUUAAUCGUGAUAUCGUGCCGUCACAAAACCUCAGAAAUCAAUCAGCGAAGCACUUAUACUUUGAAAUGAAGGAUAAUAAAUUAACCAGUGUACUCGAAGUACAGAUUUAAAAAUGAAAAAUUACUAAACAUUAACUGAAAAGUAACCCAGCACUUCUUAAACGUUUAUGAGGGACUAACUUAAACACUCAGUGACAUUGUUGUUUUCUUAUCUUGUUGUUAUCAUGUUUUUGUCACAAAGGAUCGAUUCAUUCCUCUUAGGAAAAUAAAGUCGUGUAGAUCAAAUCUAAAAUAACCUGUAAAGAUCUGAGACGUUCACGUGUUGGUCUGCAGCGAGCGAGCAGACGGGACCUGGGGAUGAACCUGUCUGAGGUUCAGGGGAAAAGGGUUCGAAUGUGUUUCCUUGUGUUCACACUGGAUUCUGGGCCUUUAUGUCUUUAUUGGCUAAAUGGGGUUUGGGUUCUGAUUUAUCUCCAUCGUAUGAAACCACACUUUGCUUCGUGCUCUGUGCUGUGAAGGCUUAACGCUGUUGUUCCAGUUUUAUUUGUCUGUUUGAGAACCUCGAUUCACAUGAAGGAUUUUCCUGGAGGCUCAGAAGAGGUGAAGGUUCUCACUGUUUCCCAAGAACAAUAGAAACAGAAUUUAAUGUGACAGUAUUUAAAGUGUUAUUAUUGUUAUUAAUCAUCUUUUGAGCGGGUGGGGGGAUUUACUUGUGAGGUGCACACGUCCUCAGCACUUACUCCGUUUGAACAGUUUGUGAACGGGACGAGGCUGAAAACAUCCGGCCUCUGGAUUCUGUGUAAAUUUGAAGAACAAGCGGCGACGUCCAUCCUGUGUCCUCUCUCUCUCUCUCUUCUCUUUUUUGAUGUACUGUCGAGUCCACACUGUCGAUUCCCGUGGUGCAGAUGAAAAAACCGGGUCUGAGGAGGAUUCUUGCAGAGAUCGACACUAGCUUCUUCCCGUUCUCUGAGGUGCUGAUUGUGACUCGGUGUGCGAACAGAGAAACCCCCGGGGUGGCUGGGAUCCCUUUUGAAUAACCUGUGUAUUUAUUUAGUUGUAGUGGAAAACGUUCUCCAGCAGAUCUGACGUGUGUAGAUGUUUUUACCAGGAUGUGCAGUUUCUCUUCCAUCCAGAUGUUGUGUUCAUGCGUUUCUACAUUCCACACAUCUGCUUGCAAACCACCUCCACCUCCUCACUGAUAGCAGACGGGUGAGGAUGGCAGAAGAACUCUCAAAGCCAUUGACACUGAACACGCAGAGAGGUUGUCUGGGGUGGGUUGAAUUUGUGUAACAAGAUGUCAUCCUGUUGUUGUUUUGUGUGUUUCAUGCUAAUGUCAAACGAAGCUUCUCCAUCUUGUGAAAACACGAGUUGACCACUAUGACUGUUUGUUCCGUCCACGGCAGCUGCUCGUGUCGAAGGAGCUGCGCUUCAAACUCGUUGUGUGUCUGUUGUGUUGAUGUAGUUGAACUCACUGCAGGUUGUUUCGAUGUCUCGGAGCCUGAAGACAUUCACUGUAAAACCGCUCAGAGUCAAAAUCACUGGAGGAGUCGACCACUCAAUAAACUUGAUGCUAUUCUGAGUCAUUUCUGUGCCAAACAAAGCUUCUGCUGUUAGGUUCUCUACCUUGGUUUAAUGUGAGCCCCCCCCCCCCCC